GCCCUGAUUGGUCACCUGAUAUGGAGGCCCUCUCAUUCCAUUGGUCGACCGCUGCCCAGAGACACUAAGGCGGAGAAGUAAGGCAGGAGCACGCGCCAGACCAGAGUUCUCCUAUUGGCAGGUCUCGCUUUUGGCGGGAGAGCGCGAACCCUGCUCUCCUCUCGUUAAUUGGGCCGCUCCCAGAAAGGGGAGAGGCGGUUUAGUGCUCUCGCGCGCCCAGAUUCGGUUUGUUGUGUGGGGGCGGCGACGCAGAGGGCCAUUCCGGCUCCGAGCACCGAGGCGGCAACAAGGGGAACGGGCUGCUGCCGCCGUCGCCUGCCUUCCCGCCCGCUCGCCCCACCGACCAUGGAGUCCAGUGACCCCGCCCCGCCGAGGGCUUCUCACCACCGCCGCCGCCUCCUUCUGCUGGACCAGCCGCGUUACCCCCUGCCAGGGCUUGGUGGGCUGCCCGCAUCCGCCCGCCUCAGCAGCGCGGUUGACCGCCGGAGGAGCCUGGGCAGUGGCGGCUCAAGUGAAAAUUGUGUGCAAAUUUUGGAAUCAAGGAAUGUCAAUCUGCAAAGGACGUCUUCUUCUGAUUCUACAGAUUCAGGCUGCUGUAUGGAUUCUCCCACCCUGCUUGGCAUAAAAAACCUCGAUGAAACUUUUCGACUGCCCAUGCGAAGAAUGCACUCCCUCCCGCAGAGCCUUUUGGGGUGUAGUCCUGCCCUGAAGAGGAGCCACUCUGAUUUGCUGGAUUGCGAAGUCUUUGAGGCGUGUGGCCUUGAGGAGAACAAAGAGAAUGAGCCCUUUGAAUUCAAAAAGCCAACGAAACCUGCUUCUCGUAACUGUCUGCAUACUUCUUCCCUUGAAGAUGAAAAAUAUGCUUUGGGGCUGAUGCAGAAGUCUACCACAACAUUUUUGUGUCAUAGUGGUGAAACUGACAAUGAUCGUGAAAACUACAGGCCAGCAUUUCUGAAGCAGCUUUCUCAAAAGGCCCCAGAAGCAGAGGAGGAUGACGGAUUCUUAGAGAUAAUGGAUGGCCAGGAUGUCUGCAAUGAUGAUGAAGAGAUGCCCUCUGACAUGGCAAGCCUUUGGACUGCUCCUCUAGUUAUGAAGAAAGGCGAGGAUACCCAUAAUAAACGGUGCAGGCUACUGGGCAUGGAAAGCAGACCGUACAGCAUGGCGAAAGCUGCCCUGAAAAGACCAGAGAGGUUCUCAGCAGAGGAGAAUUCUCCGUGUUUCAGCAAGAGGAGGAAAGACGUCUGUGGAGCACCUUCUGAAGAACUAACGAGCCUGGAGCUGGUUGGCCCACAGUCAUCCUCAACAGAAAUAGAGAGCAUUUUGGACAGUGACCAAAGGGACCUUAUUGGAGACUUUUCAAAGGGUUAUCUUUUCCAUACUGUAGAUGGGAAGCAUCAAGACCUUAAGUAUAUUGAUCCAGAAAUGAUUGUUGGGGUUUUGAAUGGCAAGUUUUCAAAGUUCAUUAAGAAGUGUGUGAUAAUUGACUGCCGAUAUCCCUAUGAGUAUGAAGGAGGCCACAUCAAGGGUGCUGUAAACCUUCAUAUGGAAGAGGAUGUAGAGGACUUUUUGCUGAAAAAGCCCAUUGUGUCAUCUGACAACAGACGAGUCAUCGUUGUUUUCCACUGCGAGUUCUCAUCAGAGCGGGCCCCCCGGAUGUGCCGAUUUGUAAGGGAGAGAGACCGACUUGGCAACAACUAUCCCAGCCUACACUACCCUGAACUGUAUGUCCUGAAAGGGGGCUACAAAGACUUCUUCUUAAAAUGCAGGAGCUACUGUGAGCCCCAAGGUUAUUGCCCCAUGCACCACGAAGACUUCAAAGAAGAUCUGCGUAAGUUCCGCACAAAAAGCAGAACCUGGGCUGGUGAGAAGAGCAAAAGGGAACACUACAGUCGCCUGAAGAAGCUCUGAGCUGCAGAUUUUGCCUACCUGUCCUGUGGAUGAAAGGGAGACACGUUACCGCAACAUACGUCUUGCAGGACUAGUUUACUCCUUGCACGGUCUUUGCUUCACUGUCUGCUGAAUCACUUCCAGUGAGACAAAGUGGAGUCCUUGGAUUGCCACAGGGCCUCAGUGUAUCUGCGUUCUGUCUGUGAAUCCAGGAUUCUCCUGUGCACUUCGGAAGACAAUCCAUGUUAUCAGAGAAUAUAUGAGGAGCAGGGUGGUAUAACUGCCAGGGGGAGUAUUAAUUGUGAGGUUUUAGUGUGGAUUUUAAAAUUGUGCCUUUUUUAUUUUAGUACAGUCAGAUGAAGCUAUUUUACCCAUGGCUUAGUUACCUAGAUUGUGUCUUGGCCCUGAUGCUGUCUUAAGGGCAACAAGCAGGGAGGGGUCUCUGUUUUUGCUAACACUCUUGUACUGCACCAUACGUCCGUGUGAUGGAGGGCCAUUGGCAGUUUUCUCUUGGAACUUAAAUGCUUUGCUACAAGAAGCCUGUUAUCUGCUGUCAAAGAAGAAGCUGCUUUAUCAUGUUCAAACUUAUCCUCCAACAUUGUUGUCACUUUAUCUGCUUCAUAAAAAAAACUUGGUUGCUUUUAAA